CGGGAACGCGGCCAGUCGUCGGCGUGUUUGCGGAGCGCUUAAACAAGAAGCAUGCCGAAGGAUUCAAGAAGAAACUGUGGUCCCGAAACUGCCAAAAGUUACGUGCUUUAUCAAAAGCGCGAGAUUACAUUGUUAGAUAAGUCGGGAAAGCGUCAUGAUGGACGGCAGUUCGGCGACGUGCGUCCAAUUUUUUUGAAAACGGGAGUGGUCAGCCAAGCCAAAGGGUCUGCCUACAUCGAAAUGGGCAAUACAAAAGUUGUUUGCUCAGUAUAUGGCCCCAGAGAAAUUGCUCGCCGGAAAGACUUCACCUUCAAGGGCCAGAUCAACUGCGAGUUCAGAUUUGCACAGUACUCAUGCCCGAUUCGCCGUCAGCACCUGAACGACGGUGAAGCGCUCCACUACUCACAACUUUUGGAGAAAGCGCUGGCUCCAGUUGUGUGCCUGCACAAGUUCCCAAAAUCAACGGUUGACGUGUUUGUCCUUGUGAUUGAAAAUGACGGUGGAGCCCUGGCUUGUGCAAUAACAACAGCUGGACUUGCCCUGGCAGACGCUGGUAUCGACAUGUACGAUGUUGUUGUGGGCUGCAGCUUGCGUCAAGAUGGUGGCACGUGCCUGAUUGAUCCCACUUACAAUGAGGAGGUGGCUCCUCUGGAAGCAAAGGAUGACCUCAGUUUUGGUCGUAUGACUCUGGGAUUCAUGCCUGCACUCCAGCAAGUCAGUGCUUUAGUGCAGGAUGGUGAACUUGAUGCUGCCUCCGUAGUAUCGGAUAUGAAAGCAUUAAUAGCUGCAUGUCAUCAGAUUUACCCUCUGGUCCAAGAUGUACUGCUCAAGGAAGUUGAGGAGAAACUGAAUGGAGAAAUGAAGAAGAUGGAAUUGUCAGCAGAAGAGGACGGUGUUGCAGCGUGACACAAUGGAAAAUUUUAAGCUCUUCACUGCAGCACGGGAAUUACAGAAGCCACUCUCAUUUUACUGUAAAUAGUCCAUGAAUACAGAAAUGUUUUCAUCACUGGUUUAUUAUUAACUGACUGUGUUUCCGUAAUGGUGUUCCAGGUGUUCAAGUGGUGUUGACAUACUACUUCCUUCAAAGCUCCUUGAAAAGUCUUUGCACACACAUAUCAUAAGGAGCAUUGGCUGUGGAGUUUCCUUGUACAGUUAGUAUCAAUCAAUUUUGAAUUAUCUGAUGUUUUAAUCAAAUGAGAACUUCAACAUUUCCAGCAAAAUGAACUUUUUUACUUGGAAAUUUUGUGAUUGUGGUGGGCACUGUGAGGGCUCUUCGGUGUACUUAUCAUGAUGAAAUAAAGCUCAAGG